AUGAAGGCUUGCGCGGACGAAGGAUCCGGGGAUGACCCAAUGUCAGAGGAAGACCAGAAUGACUACGACGGGGAUUGGGAGAGCCGUAUUCCGUCCUACGAGGAUGGAAGAGAUAUGGGUAAUGGUGAUGGUGGUGAUGAUGACGAUGAUGGAGCAAGGGGGGAAUGUGAUGAUGACGAGGAAGAAGAUAAAGACGCUGAUCAGGACCAAGACCAAGAUGAAGAUGAAGACGCAAACUAUGACGAAGACAAAGGAGUAGAGGGCGCAGAUGAAUGGGACACAGAAGAUCAUGACGAAUAUCUGUACUUCUAA